AUGCUGCAAGUGAUCGCAAUUGAGCGUGAAGCGCCACAGUUUUUUAGUCGUAUAGAUGAUUGGCGUCGAGACUACUACAUGAAAAAGGUUCGCUCGCAGGAGGAUGCUGUUGACAGUGCACUUGAGGAGUGCGAGUCAUCUCCAGCCUCAUUGCGCAUUUGUUUCUCCAUGGCCGCACAGAAUGUUGUCAUCGAUAUUGAAGGACCGCAUGGAAACGCCCACUAUGAAUUCGAUAAUGACGUCCAUUCGUCACGCUUGACACUAAUACAGAACUUCGAAGAGGAAGAACCAAAAUCCACAUUACGCUCAUCUAUAGAAAAGAGCGCAAGACCAGUAUACCGAAAAACAUGUCGCUGCUUCCACUUGUUGACGAAACCGUUCCGCUUCAUUCUGUCAAAGUUCAAGCUUCUCUUCGUUAUCGCUUGCUACUCCAUUUUUGGUGCUUGGCUCUUCAUGACGCUCGAGAUACCUACGGAUCUUGCAGCCAAAGAGGAAGCGUACCAUGCUCGUCUUAUCGCCAGGGAAGUCAUGAUUCUCAAGUUGCGCGCUAUUCACCAGAGUAACAAGGAAGACAGGGAACAACGGUGGAAGGAGGCUAUUCUCACUUUCGAAAAUGAUCUUGGAUUGGAAGAACCAUCCAGAGAAACUGCUUGGACAUUCUGGAUGGCAUUUCUGUAUGCCGGAACUAUUUACACAACGAUAGGCUACGGUAAUAUUGCGUGCGCCACCACAGCCGGUCAAAUAGCGACUAUAUUCUACUCAAUGAUUGGCAUUCCAUUGAUGCUGCUGAUUCUAAACGACUUAGGGGCGUUCCUGCUAGUCUGGGUGACUCGCAUCGCAUGCGGAUGUAGCGACUUGUUACUCUUCUUAGGUGUUCGCAGCGGAAUCACAAAAUUGAAAGAAGACUCGAAUGAUCGGUUGCGAUACACCAUUAUUAGUAAGAAGCUCGUAAAUGUGGGAAUCGUAAGCGCUGCUUCUGACUCGACUCUAGCCCCCAGUACCACUUGCGACCACGAAGAAGAGGAAGAUGAAGAUUCUUUGCAAGAGCCAGAAGCCGAUCCGCCCGUUCUGACGGCAAUUUUUGGUGAGUUGAUACAUUAUUCUUGUCGCGAAGGUUUUUUGAAGCCCGGCAGAAAACAGUCUGAUUCAACAGUUGGAUGGAUUAUGCUCGCUGCAGCUGUAUUCUGCAUCUGGGAAGACUGGACGUAUUUUACCAGUAUAUACUUCUUUUUCAUAUCAAGUAGCACUAUAGGUCUUGGCGACGUAACACCAGCACAUCCUGAAUACAUGAUAGGCACCUUUGGUGUAGUUAUCGUAGGUCUCUCAAUGGUUUCGGUAUGCAUUGACGUUGUGAGGGAAAAGCUGGAACUAAUGUACAUGGCUCUGCUGAAGAAAAUGCUGCAGGACUACAUGGAAGCUGUCAAAAAUGGUGAUCCGAACGCGGAAAAGGGAAUGAUGGCUGGCUUCAAGGGAAAGGCCAGAUUUCUUAUGCCUCUGAUCAGCAAAGAACGAGGAGCGAAGGUCAUGACUCGUUUCAAAGAAGACUGCGAAGCAAAAGGCAUCGAUCCCCCUGCCGUGCUCACGCACCUUGAUCCUGGAACGGGCAUGCCUGCGUUCGCCAGUGCUAACAAAGAAGAUUUCGAUAAUUACAUUGAGCGGGCUGCUGAAAAGAAAGCUGACGAGGAGAGAAAGGAAAUGCAGAGGCUCAACCAACUCAUCCAAAAAGCUGAGGUCAAUUCUGACAUGUCCUACAAAAGAACAUCAUCCCGUGAGUCUCAGAAAGUGAAACAAACAGUGGAAACUUCCUGUCAGACCCUGGAGCAAGGAAAUAGUUCGAACAGGAUAAAAACUUUGACGGUCUCAACAGCAACUGAGCAACAGAUAGAAAUUGGUGACAAAUGCAUUAUCUGUGGUACAUCAAAACCGGAAGUAACGUCAACCGGCAUACAGCCGGAAGUCACUAGCAUCUACGUGGUUGAAGAAGUGGACUCUGAUACCGAUACUCAAACAAUGGGCACACUAAGUGACCAAACAGAGAGCUUACUGGAAUUGGAACAAUACGAGCUCUUCAGCAGUGAAGCAGUUGGAGCGUCGCUUGGAAAAAUGAAGAAAAACGACGUCAGUGGACCCGUCGGCCGAAAAACUGCAGAAGCGAAACUGAAAUUGCCAUCGGACGAUAGGCAGCGAAGUGGAAUACGGUUUUUGAGAAGUGUGCACGUCCAAACAGGCAACUCAGAUAUAGCCCGGAAUACCACCAAAACAACGGAGGUAUCCACUCAAUCACAUGUCGAAAAACACGAGCGACGAGUUCAGACAAAGCUGUCAAGCAUCGACUCAAGUCAAAUAAAGUCGAUAAAAGAGCUGCAGAGAAAGGCUAGGCGUAUACAGGCAAUGCUAACGUCUCCUGUGCAAUCCGUUCGCUCCUCAGCCCUGUCGUCAAAGUCCGAUGGAACGGAGAUCGCUUACAGUGAUUCGCGACAAAACUCUCCCAAGCCGAUUCAUGAUAAUGUUGGUCAAGAGGUCAACGUCACAUUGUCCGUCAUCAACAAACCAGUGGAUGAACAUGGAAACCAUAUAAGCGACGUACUCAGUGAGCAUGCAGAUGCUCUGGAUAAUGUGGAAGAUGACGACGUAUUCGCACUUGACAGCGAUAUAAUGGAACUGGAGGCUUUCGUAGUUGAAGACGGUUCUCAAACAGAGUUACUUCCAGUUAGUGAAUACUCAAAUGAAAUCAGUCAGACCUCUCCAGCCCUUCUCAAAGACAUGAUGUUCUGGGAAGCUUUAGACGAAGAGAAUUCACAAGAAGUGCCACAAAUCCAAUGGAAUGUUAAGGAAGCUACUCGAGAACUUGCAGUACAAGCAGUUCCCCUCACGGCAGAAAGUAGCAUUCAAUGUCAUAAAGAAACUACUGAGUGCAGCACUAGUAUGGAAUCAGCACUCUGUGAUAAUAGAACUCAGACCGAGACUGCAAAGUUGUUCUCUACAGAUGUCCAGGUCCAGACCAACAAUGAGUGCAGAACGUCUGAGUCUACAGUGGUCCAGACCGAUGACAUCAGAGCAGAGAUCACAUCUACAUCUGUGCAAUGUGACGAGAAAAUGCCUGAAUACAGAUCUAUUGCUGUGCAGUACGGAGUUAGCAUGUUUACGGUGCCUAACGAGGACUACAUAAAACUAGAGGCCGAGCAUCAUGUUCACUUCAGCGUAGAAAGUGGUACAUCUAUGGACCAAAUAAAUUACGCAACACGUGGAACUCAGAGCGAUAACAUCUCGACUACUGUGUCCGUGCAAGUGCAGUGUAAGCCAUCGAUCAGUUCAUCGCAAACGCAGUGUUUGACCGAUGAGGGUGUUCCAAGAGAAAAGUCCAUGGAGAUCAAGGAAAAUCAGAUCGAAGUUGCCCAUGCUAUUCUCUCUAUCAUCGAUGCUGUAGUUGAAGGAGAGUCGGGCAACAAUAGUGCUCUGCAAGCAGCUCCGUUUUGGAGCGAUUUCGACCCGACACCCUCUUUUGAUGAGCUCGUCGCUGGUUGGAGACGAAGCUCGCUUGUGACCUCGAGCGAUAUGUGGACACAAUUUACGUUGAAUGUCAAUUCACAAGGGGCUCAGACGUCGAACAUGGAUACUGUACUAGAAAUGACUGAUAAAUGCGACGUAUCGACAGAAAUGGAAGACACUGGAAUACAAGGAGCUGCCGAGACCUACGAGAAUUUUGCUAAGGUCACUGUUGCAUGUCAAACAUCUCAUCUAACAAUAACAGACACAGCGACGCAAUAUGUAUUGGAUUCCAAUUCGCAGGAAGUUCAAACAACGAUUGACGAAGUGAUCGCCAAAGUGCCACCAGUUCCGCGCCAGAUGCCGCCUGCAACCAUGAGCGACAACGCUACGCAGUAUGUAUUAGAUGUCAUUCCAAAAGAAGUCCAAACUUCGGAUAUGGGGUCGGCACGGGACGUCAAAGACAAGUACUGCGAAGCAUCAACGAGAAUGGUAGACAGCAAAACACAAGCCACUUUGGAUUCUUACGAGAAUUCUAAAGUUGCUGUUGCUCUUCAAACAUCGCCUUUGGUUACUAGCGACACAUCGACGCAAUGUGUAGUGAGCUCCAGUUCGCAAGAAGUUCAAACCUUGGAGCUUGAAAGGAAAAUCGGCGAUAACUGCGAAGCAUCGAGGAAGAUCGCGGACUGCGGAGUGCAAACCGUGGCAGAAUUCUACGAAAGUCCUACUCAAAUCGCUGUUGCUCUUCAAACACCGCCUUUGGUUACGAGCGACACAUCAACGCAAUAUGUAGUGCACUCCAGUUCGCAGGAAGCUCAAACAUCGGAUGUGGAGCCCCCACGGGAAGUCAGCGAUAAGUACUGCGAGGCAAUGACGAAAAUGGAGGAUAUCGAGGUGCAAGUUACCGCCGAACUUUACGAAAGUUUUGCAAAAGCCGCAGCAUGCCAAACAUGGGGGGUGUCCAUGAGCGAAACAGCAACGCAAUAUGUAGUGGAAUCCUAUUCACAAGAAGUGCAAACAGUGGAUAUGAAGACUGUUAAAUUGACUGACAAAUGUUGCGAAGCUUCGACUGCAGUAGCUGAGAACGCAGUGCAAGCCACCACUCAGUCUCGAGAAAUCGCCAUUGGCCAGACAGAUAGUGAUAGUUGGAUAAAGAUCUAUGUGGAAGAACUGGAUAGAGCGAGAAGAUUGCGAUCCGUAGAUCUUGGAGUCCAGACCGGUGUGCUCGCUCGAGUGCAGCACUUGUACACCAAGGAAAUAGAGGCUGAUGUGGAGGCCUCACGCGCCCUAAAAGAGAGCGGCAGUGCAGAAGAGGCUGCUGCGAGUGCUGUCAAGAGGAAGCUCUCCGAAGGUGUAGGAAGUAGCACAACACCGCCCAUUAUCAUAUCUCAUCCUGGGGUCCAUUCGAUCCAUUCGCUGGAUCGUUUGCGUACGGUCUUUGAGAGUGGAAGUUCGAGCUCGUCGCAGUUCCAAUCUGUGCCAUCAUCACAUUUCACCACGCCGCCACCGCAUGUUCAUUUGCCCGAUAGGAGUAAAAACGCAUUUCAUCACGUAUCUGAUUUAAAAUCACUCUUUGAGAAGCCAGAAAGUGAUGAGCACCCUCAAAGCCCACCCACAGCCUCUCGAAGAAACUCUAUGAUAUGA